GGAGGGGAAUUAAAAUGCACCAGCCUGAUCCAGCCGCAGAUCUUGCUGCCAGGAAGAUGGCGCACCCGGCAGAUCUGCCCAGAAGGGGUAGUGGGACUGGUGGCAGCUCGGCUGCGCUGCAUGGAGCAGUAGGGCCAGGGCUCGCCGGCCACGUCCUGUCUUCAGAUGAUUACCCUCCUCUGUUGGUGCAGCCUCCGCCUCCCGCCGCAGCUUCAUCUCCUGGACCCCAGCAGCAUCCUCCCCAAACACUGAAUUUACUGCCCCAGCCACUUGUGCAGAGCGGCGCCCAGAUCAAGAAGAAAAGCGGCUUUCAGAUCACCAGUGUAACUUCUGCUCAAAUCUCAGCCAGCAUGAGCUCCAACAAUAGCAUUGCUGAAGAUACCGAGAGCUAUGACGAUCUGGAUGAGUCUCACACCGAGGAUUUGUCAUCUUCUGAAAUAUUGGAUGUGUCUUUAUCUAGAGCCACAGACCUUGGGGGUCCAGAAAGAAGUUCAUCAGAAGAGACUUUGAAUAACUUCCAGGAAGCUGAGACACCUGGUGCUGUCUCUCCUAACCAACCACACCUCCCCCAGCAUCAUCUGCCACAGAAUGUACAGCAGAAUAUCAUGAUUAAUGGAAGUAUACAUCAUCACCACCUUCAUCACCAUGGACAUAGCCAUCCUUCCCAACAUGGAUUACCCAAUGCAGCCAUUCCCGGAGGGUUACCCCCAACUCCUGCUUCAGUGAAACUGCCUGCACAAGGCAGUUCUGAUAGUGCUGUUACAGCAGUGCCUGUUGCUGCUCCUUCUGUUUCUCAUCAGCCUGCUGGAUCUAUACCACCAAUUGCAGGUAAAACAAGUGGACCUGUAAGUACUGGCAUUACUCCUGCUUCAGGUAAUACUAGUGCACCAACUAAUGCAAAUAUUUCAAGUCUGAGUGGUGUAACAGGUUCUUUGCCUAGUGGUGUAAAUAUAAAUCAAAGUUCUGUCACAAGUACAAGUAAUGUAGGCACUUUACCUGGCAGCCUUAAUCUGCAGUCACAAGGCACUACUGGUAAUGGUAGCAGUGCUACUUCUGGUAUCAUGAACAAUGUUUCUGGUGCUGCUGCUGCGUCAGCAAUUGGACAGAAUGCAGCACAACAUCAGGCGGUUGCUUCAGGUGCAGCAACAUCUAGAUUUAGAGUUGUAAAAUUAGACUCUAGUUCUGAACCUUUUAAAAAAGGCAGAUGGACGUGUAUGGAAUUUUAUGACAAAGAUAAUGUAGCAGCUGCAACAGAAGGAGCUGCAAUCAACAAAGCCGUAGAGAGCAUUAAACAAAACCCACUUGAAGUAAUGUCUGAAAGAGAGAGCACUAGUGGAAGCUCAGUUAGUAGCAACAUCAGCACUUUGAGCCAUUAUACGGAAAGUGUUGGUAGUGGAGAAAUGGGGACGCCUUCCGUACAGCAGCCAGGAUUUCAAGGUCUAGGUCCUCCGCAGAUGGACUUGAGUAACGCAAUAGCUCAGACUAUUCCUGCCCCCAGUAUGCCACAGAGUAUUUCCCAGCCCCAGCUUGCUCAGUUACAGAUGCAUUCACAAGAUGCCAACUUUUCUCCUCAGAAACUAGCAGGGCAGCCUGCUCAAGCUCCAUUGAAUGCUUCUGCUGGUGUCCAGCCAGCAUCAGUUAAUAUACUUGGUGUGCCAUCCUCUUUGGGACAUCAGCAGCCAAGUGUUUCUACUUUGAUCCCACAACAAUUGCCAUACACUCAACAGACUCAGCCCAUACAAAGUCUCCCAGCUGUUCCACAACAGUUACAAUACACGCAUCAACAGACUGCCUCUGCCCAGAUGACCUCUGGACAUGUACCAGUAAAUCAAAGUUCUGUUCCAGGGAAUUUGCCGGAAUACAUUCAGCAUCCACAAAUAAUACAAACAGCCAUUCCCCCAAUGCAAACCAGUUCUACAGUUGUUAAUACUGCAGCUGUCCCUGUUGCCCAAACACAUGCCAUGCAAACCCAGAUUCAGUCUUCAACAGCACAAGCUCCAGCAGCAGUUGCUCAAACUCAGCCUGUGGCACACCCCCCGGCAUCAAUUGCAGCAACAGGUCAGAUGUUAGGUGUUAAUCCACAAGGUAACCUUCCUGCUACAGUGCAUCAAGCAGCUACCCCUCAAGUUGCAACAUCUAUAAUACAACAGAGUGUUCCAGCUCCUUCUUCCCAGGUAUUGCCUCCACCACAAGGAAUACAGGUUGGUCCUCCUGGAAUUCCUCAACAAGUCAUUAUUGCACCUCAGAGUACACUGCUUCCUGCAAAGCCUCAAAGUCAGCUUAUUGACCCUCCUGUACAAGGCAUGUCAAACCAACAGGUACCUGCUGUAAGUCCUCUGCUAGCUGCAGCUAGUGUUCCGACUGUUCAGCAACUAAGUACAAGUAUACCUUCCGCUUUACCUCCAACGGCAACAACUUUGGGUCCACCACCAACAGUUUCACAAGCUUCAGCAGCGCAAAAUGGGAAUUUGGGUCAAAGUAGUAACCAAGCACCUGUGAUCGCAAAUUUACCAGUUGCUCAAAGCUUACCACUACAGUUGACACAGAGUUCAGGCCAGUUUGUUGCACCAUCUCUUAUUCAGUCUGUGGCAAGCCAGAUAGAAGAUGCCAGACGUAUAAUGGAGCAUUCAGUAGCUGGCAUAUCCACUGUUGGCGAAGGAGCUUCUUCAGAAGGUAGCGGUGGUCUUCCAGUCUCUGGGUCCUUGCUUCCACUGAAAUCUCUUCCUCUAUCAACACCUCUUGUUGAUGGUGAAGAUGAAAGCUCCUCCGGUGCCAGCGUGGUAGCUAUCGAUAACAAGAUCGAACAAGCCAUGGAUCUGGUGAAGAGUCACCUCAUGUAUGCAGUAAGGGAAGAAGUGGAAGUCCUUAAGGAACAAAUCAAGGAGCUCAUUGAAAAGAACUCACAGCUGGAGCAGGAAAACAACUUGCUGAAGACACUCGCGAGUCCUGAGCAGCUGGCUCAGUUCCAGGCUCAGCUCCAGGCAGGUUCACCUCCUUCUUCCUCAUCAACUUGUUCCCAGCCUCCGGGAAGUACUGCAGCACCUGCUCAGCCCACACCACAAAGCACAGGCCCCUCUGCAUAGCCGUUGAACACAGUUGCUCACACUUUCAGUGGGACAUACAUCUGCUGUGACUUUUAGUAACCGAACAGCGCUGUCAUGGUGGGGAACGUUGAAUGCACCUAUCAUCUAGACAUUUUAUUCUGAAGGCUCCAAAGCACCAUGAAAUGUGACUGCAGUUCAACGUUUGACUACUAAAAAAUUGUGACUAUGGUAUUUUCAAAGGAGGCAACCAAAAUCUGAGCUUUUUCUAUGGAAAUGAAGUGUCCUAGUAAUUUCAGCAAUGACAAGACAAUUGCCCAAGACGCACUCACCCCUGGAUGUGCCUCUCUGAUCUGUAUAUUUGCCGCACAGGUACCGCCCGUGCCUCCCACUUCUUUGCUGCACACGCCCCUUUUCUUUUCAGUAUUAAACCUUUUUUUCACUCUUCCCAUCCUUUGACGGAAAGAGUGUUUUUUUUUUUUUAAUUGCUAUUAAUUUUCCAUGUAAUCCAGUGCUGCGCUGUAAAUGUUGCAAGAACAUCCAAGUGUAUGUGUGUAAAGCAGUACUACUGGAAUUAGCCUGAAGUCUCUCUUCUGUUGUCUGUGUACCUAGGGGAAUGAAAGCCCCAACUUACACAAACUCACAAGUUCCCAGUAGCUACAGGGACAACCUGCGACCCUCCCAGAGUGCUAGUACAACAGGUCUUGGCAUUCUUUGGUUGGCAGUGGGACGCUGAGAGCUGUAGUUCUGCAGCCUUUAUAGGUCCAUGGGUUGCCCAGGUUUUGAGGUAUACUCAGCAUUUCUCCUAGACAGCUGAGCCUUUAGUUUGUCUUUUCUUUCUCUAAUCUAAGGCAAGAUUGUAUGCACAGAGCAUUUUAGAAAAAGAACACACUGUUGCAAAAUUAGAAUGAUUUCAAUGAAGUUAAUUUGCCUACUGUAUAUUUCUGUAUGUAGUGUAAGUACUCUGUAAUAUAGACCACUUGUAAGUACUGCUUAGGUUGUACAGAUUGAAAUUUAGUGGUUUCAUUGAUUGAACUUAAUAAUUUGACUAGUUUUUUUUAUUAUUAUUUUAUUUUAAAGCUGCUUCCUCCUUUUGCGGCAGAAGAGCCUGAGUGGCGGGUUCCUCUGUCACUAAAGGCGUUAGCCUGCAACACACCCGAUCAACUGUUUAGGACAUGGCAGAUUUAUGCCACUUUUUGUGUAUUAUUUUUUCAGAAAUGGCCUUGGCUGGUGAGUUAUCUCUUGAAGUAAAACCCAGUUCACUGAUGUUUUAGUUUUGGUUUAGACACUCCAGCUGUGACUUAUCGCAUUCUGCUAACACAAUGGAACAUAUGAGCUGUAAGGUAGUAUGCAUAUGUUGUGCAUGUUCUCUAAACAGUUGUAACACGUCAAUGUAUUUAACUGUUGCACUUGUCAACUUUCAAUAAAGCAUACAUUGUUGGUAAAUAAAUGUCU